AUGGAUCCCGACAUCCCCUCUCCGUCCGACUCGCCUUUGCCGGACACAGACUCGGAGAUGAACAACAGAGCCAGCGGCACCGCCUCACCCGAGAUCCCGCUGACGCUCAGCGCAUCAGUGAUGCUGGCGGAUCUGCCAAGAGAUGCGACGGCAGCGCUGGCCAGCGCUGGAGGGUUCCCACCGCAGCUCAAGGUCGUGGUCAAGUUCAAGGCCGUGGGGUCGGCGCCGGCGCUGCAGCAGGACGUGUGCAAGAUCUCGGCGAGCCGCAAGUUCGAGGAGGUGGUGCGCUAUCUACGGCGCAAGCUGCGGUGCCGCGAGACAGACAGCGUGUUUCUGUAUGUGAAUAGCGCGUUUGCGCCGUCGCUGGACGAGGUGGUGGGCAAUUUGCACCAGUGUUUCAAGAAUGCUCAUGAUCAGCUUGUUGUGGCCUAUUCUAUCACUCCGGCGUUUGGAUGA